CCCCAUUUAAUUUUGAAAUGGUCAAUAUCAUUUCAGCCUUCCGCAUGGAUCCAACCUACAAUCAUGGCGGAAAAUACUUUUGAUUUCCUUGUCAGGAAAUUGGAGACUCAAGAAUCCAGCAAAAUAUCACCUCAGAUCGUGAAUAUCCUACAGUGUUUAAAGCAAGAAGAGCCCUUUAAGAAUUGCGACCCAUUCCAAGAAUUUGUUCGAAAAGCAACGGGGAUGGCGACUGGACAUCAAGAGCUGGAUGCCGCCACGGAACCACGAGCGACGUUGACCAAGCACCAACAGCAAGAUGUGGUGCCAUACAAGAGGCAGCGUACAACAGAAAGUACGGUAUCUAGCGGAAUAUCCCAUUAUGAUGACAAUCAUAUACAAGAACAAAUUGUGAUGCCAAACGAGGGGCAGCGUACAGCAAAAAGUGCGGUAUCUAGAGGAAAGUCCCCUGAUGAUGAUGACGAUGGACAAGAGCAAAUUAAGUUCAUAAAGCGAAGCAAAGGAUCAGCCAUGCCAGCUAAUAACCUUCCAGACCUCAUUCACCGCCUUCCAGCAGCUAUGACGAGCAGCAAGCAAUGGAAGUGGGAGCGACAAUUGUUCAAGGAUAAUGCGAUGAGAUUUGAGAAUGGCGUGGACAGAACGAACUGUGUGCAUGUUUUUGUCCCCGAGGACCCGAGCCGUGAUAUAUCAAUCACUUUAAUAGUUGGUUAUGAUGCUGGAUUGGGGUUGAUAUAUGAAGCAGGAUUUAUUCGUGCCUGA